AUGUCCACCGACAACGUUAUUUCGGUGGAAAAUGAUGUUUUUGAUUCCGCAGUCGAAACUCUGGCUGACAUGCUCACAGACUUUGCAAACAGAAUCGGGUGCGACGAUUCUUGGCUUCGCCUCGAAUCACAUGCCGAGUUUGCACCGCUGGUUGAAGAUUACGAAAGAGUCUUGAACUACAAUACGUCCAUUUUGGAAGCUGUUCUUAAGAGGCGGCGAUCCCCGAAGGGGCUCAGUCCAAGAAGCCGAAAUUGGGUACAAAUAGUAAACUCUUCGCGCUAG